AUGAACAUGACUUCAAUUAAGGUAGCAUAUUUGGGUCCCCCGGGGACAUACUCGCAUCAACCCUCAAUUAAUUCAUGCUUCAAAGCGAUUUCGAAAGAUGAGUGUGAUUACAGCAUAAUCCCUUUUGAGAAUUCAUCCAACGGGCAAGUUGUCUUGAGUUAUGACCUAUUUCGCGAUUGGUUCAUCAAGGAAGAUCAGCUGAAACUCAAACUGAGGGAGCUAGAGCAAAGCGGAAGCUCUCAAGCUUCUUCGGUCAAAACACCCGACUUCCAAGUGAUUGGCGAGCAAUUUGUUACCAUACACCAUAAUUUCAUAACGUUUGCGUCAGACAUAUCAAAGAUCAAAACUAUAUACUCGCAUCCUCAAGUGUGGUCUCAGUGUAAUAAAUUUCUACACAAACAUAAGCUGGAUAAUAAUAUCAAAAUACAGAAGAUUGACACAUCCUCCACUUCGAAAGCAGUCGAGAUCGUUGCUUCUCUGAAGACGGAAGAUGAGAGACAGACAACGGCUGCCAUGGCAUCAUUGACUGCCAGUGAGAUUCACGGCGUGCCGGUCAAGGUUUCUCAAAUUGAAGAUUUCAAAGGCAACACUACAAGAUUCUUGGUGCUAGGCAAAAAGCCAUUACCCGAUACUCAUAUUGCGUUUGACUCCAACUCGGUGUCAGACAAGAGUAUGACUUUGCUCACCUUCAUUAUCAAGGACAACGACAAUUUUGGAAGCCUGUGCAACAUACUGCAAGUGUUCAAAAAUUACAACCUCAACUUGCAAUCUAUAACUACAAGGCCCUCAAUUGUUAGUCCUUGGAGGUAUGUGUUCUUCGUGGAAGUUUGGGAUGGAGAAGGUCUUCCUAGGGCAUUAUCCGAGGUAGAGGAGCUGGUCCUUGAUCUGACGGUGAUUGGCUCCUUUCCAAGAAGCAAGAGAUUCUUUCAAAUGAUCGAAGAUGGCUUCCCUGAAUAG